GUGAAUGUGUCUUUCUUCUCUCUACAACGGCACAGGUGGAAGUGUUCACUGAACAUAAGAUGACCUAAAGAUCCAGAGCUUUCUCACUUAAGGGCUUAAAGGAGGGAGGACGAGCAAAAGAUGUCGGGCUGUGUCACCAAAAGAGUCAGAAACAUCUUGCUUUGCGUCAGCGUGGUUGUCUCCCUGUUCAUAUUCUCUCGACCGACCAUGCGUCGGCUGAUGUUUGGAGAGUGUGCGUGUGGUCAGUGCGUCAUGGACCUCAGAUAUGACCCCUGGUUUAAACAGCGCUUCAACCCGUAUGCCCAACUAUUACUGACCAAAAAAAACUGUGUGCUCAGCAACGCCCUCUAUCUGUGGUGGCAGAAACUCCAAUAUAAGAGUAAAGUCAACUACACAAUGGUGGCAGAGAUAUUAUUUGCCAUUUUCCCAAAUGAAGAAGAUUAUUCCGACGCUGGACCGGGACGCUGCAGGACUUGUGCUGUGGUGGGGAAUUCUGGGAACCUGAAAAAGUCGCACUACGGUCCUCUCAUCGACGGCCAUGAUCUUGUCAUUAGGAUAAAUAAAGGUCCGACAGUGGGAUACGAGCGGGACGUGGGCUCAAAAACCACUCAUCGUAUCAUCUACCCUGAGAGCGCUGUGGACAUGGACAACUCCACUCACAUGGUGCUCAUUCCAUUCAAAACUGUGGACCUGCAGUGGCUCAUCAGCGUCUUCACCACCAAACACAUAGAGCGAACAUAUAUUCCAGUAAAACCCACAAUAAAGGCAAACAGAGAUAAGGUGAUGAUUCUCCAUCCAGCUUUUCUCAAGUAUAUUCAAGAGCGCUGGCUGCUGAAGCACGGCAGAUAUCCAUCCACGGGCUUCAUUACGCUCAUAUUCGCUCUACACAUCUGUGAUCAGGUGAGUGUAUUUGGUUUUGGAGCUGAUGAAACUGGAAACUGGCAUCACUAUUUUGAAGAAAAUAAACACAAUCAUAACGCUGGCAAUCAUGGUGGAGCCUAUGAGUUUGGUCUCACACGUAUCCUUCAUGCAAAGAAAGGAAUUCGGCUGUACAGAGGAUGGUGA